AUGGCGUUUUACUUUGCGCUGAUGAAUGUGUCGAAUAAGCGGAGCGAUGAUAAGGGGAGACAGUCACAGAGGCAUAGUCGACGUCAUGCUCGUCGACAUAGCAUCGCAAGCGUCGAAGAACCGCUGAAUGAUUACCGACUAUUGCCCAAACCACUGGUGAUGAAAAAUGAACUGGCCAAAGAGCAUCUACCACUAACCCGCUCUACCCGCGACGACAUCUUCCGCCUGCGCGAUUCUUCUAUUUCCUCGAGGGACGAAACCCCACCACCCACCACUGAAUUUCUACCCUCAUUGAAGGAUCGAACCCUAACUGAUUUAAAGCAACUACGUCUAAAUCAGCUGUCGCUACGCCGAGAAUCGAGCGAUACGGACGAGCCGACGUGUAGUAGAAGAUUAGCCGAAAUGGAUAGGUUCAACACGAGAGAGGACAGCGCGAGUGGAGAAGAGGAUUUUAGAAGCUCUAUCGAGGAAAGUCGAAGGACAAGCAAAGCCAGUACCGUCUCAAGUGAAAUCCUAAUCCCUCCAAUUACAGAAAUGGGACCCCGGAAUUCCAAGCUCUACCAGAAUUCCGAGACGUCGCAGGGAACCAAUCUAGUGCCCAUCGUGGAAAACAAGGCGAUCAUUGCAAAGCGGGUGACGUUCGACAGCAGCAACAACUCUGUGAUUAUUGGGAACCAUUUUUUAGGCGACCGAACCCGUUUGGCGAAUGCGGAAUUACUAACGGGGGACAGCCGACCGGCGGCACAGCAACUGUGCAACCAAGCCCCAGGCACCAAGAAAGAGGCAGCCGGUGGCGCCAGUUUGUCCGCGCCCUAUUCAACAGGAAACCUCAGCGACACACCGAUCCGCACGAUUCUCCAAAACGCAACAAACGAGCACGCAGAAAGGGAAAAAGAGGAGGAGGAGCAGAAUAAGGGUUCGCGGCUGGUUCGAAGACGCUCCACUUCCGAUCGAGGAGCGUCCUUCUGCAACAGAGGGUUUAUGUUGCUGAACGAGGAGCUCGGCAAGGCGGAAAACGUUAAAUCAAAGGGACUGACCACGAAA